AUGCUCGCCGAAGGCGAAUGUCAAACAAGUUCAUCGCCCUCAAGUCCAAGUGGCUCAGGUAAUAUCACUCCAAGCUUCACAACUCCCGCAACCAACAAUUCCUCCACAUUGGCAGACUUUCGAUAUCCUUGUGCUCGACUACCUCUCAUGCCCGACUCGUGGCAGUCUUUGGACUUGGACAAUUAUUUAAGGAAUUUCCCUGGCGGGAAAAAUUUAUCACUAGAGCUUUUUGCAGAAAAGGUUGGAGCCACCAACUUCGAGUGUGGAAUUGGAAAGAUGUGUGACGCCAACCAGAUAUGCCUCCCGGUUCGUGGACGGGAUUGGUACAUACUUGUCGCAGCUCAAAACUGGAAUUCAUUCAGUAACCAAAUGUACCAGGCAACAGGUUUUGCCUUGAGUGUUGUUGGAGGUUUAUGUGGAGCUAUACCCGGCUUCGUGAUUGAAACUGGAUUCGCCUUUCUUGGGAGUACUUUGUGGCCCUUUAUUCAGGGUGGUACCGGGUUUAUCGCCGGCCUUAUUAACACGUACCACAACCUAAUUGCUACGCUUCCGAAUGACGAAUUCUCAAAGACCAAGGAUGUGCAAUUUCUAUUGUCAAAUGCCCAAAUGAAAGCUCAAGCGCAAUUCUCAAACGAAAUGAAAAAAAUCAUUGACGGCGGUAUCAGCACGGAAGAGGGACUGUAUGGGGCCCUGCAAGGGGGUACAUUUCUCAACGACAAAUUCUUCACUGCCGAGUAUUCAGAAGAUGAAAUAAAAAAUGCAAUUUCAGCUGUUGGCCGGGCACGACUUAUUGCAGCCGUUUGGAAAGCAACCAAACCAUGCACUCAGGAUGGACCAGAUGGUGCUUUUCCCGACGAGGACGUCUUGUCUUAUUGCAGCCCAGAUGGAAUGAUGAUGAAUAUUGUGCAGUCCCACGGAGGAAAAUUGCUAGAAAGGUUUCCAUCAGCCCCUCUACUUUCCACCAAGUAUAACCUCACCACGCGGUACUUCGUUGAGCACUCCUGGGAUUGUCAACAGAAGUAUGGAAGUUACAAUUACGAUCCUUACAAGAACAAAAUACUUCCAGCUAACCCGGACGCUGAAUGUGUUGUUAGCCUAGCAGUUUGUGACAUGACUCGAAAAGAUAUACAAAAGGCGGCAAAGAGAAAGGGAGUGCUUAAAGCGUGUCGGGAAAUUGGACAGCUACCCAAAAUCUAA